AUGAGCCACGCAGACCGCCUCGCAAACGCAGCCUCGCUCGAGGAGGGGAGCCACUACGCGGAGCAAUAUGAAGAAGAAAGCGAAGGAGAAAACUACGGCGACGGCGAUGGCGACGGGCUAGAUAUGGACCCCGAAGCGGCCGCCAUGGCAGCGGCAAUGGGAUUCAGCAGCUUCGGGGCGCAGGACCGGCCGGCUAAGAAGCGGCGCUUCAACCGGGACGACGAGGCGUCUGCCACGGGCGCUAACCGCAUGGCCUUGCACCCGCGGGAGAGCCGCGCCGCCGCGCAGCAGCAGACUACAACUGGCUCUGCAGCUGUGCCUCUGCUAGCGGUCUCCAAGAAGGCAACGGAGAACGCUGAUGAGAUUGACCUGGGCGACGACGACGAUAAUGACGGCGGCGACGAUGGCAGUGCCACCAACAUCUCUAGUAGCAGCACUACCAACCCCGCCGGGCUGGCAAAGUAUGCCGCUCCAUCGCUGCCGGCGCGGCCCCCAGCUCCAGCCGCCUCGUAUCCCGCCGAGGGAGCAGGGAGAGGAAGCGGGAGCCACGCGUUCAGCCCUGCCCCAUCAGCAGGGGGGCCGCGAUAUCAGCAGCAGCAGCCGCACCAAUCUCACCGUGGCGGCCGUGGUGGCGGCAGCGUUAGCGGCAAUGGCAGACGGGAGUGGUGGAUCAAUUACUACGACCCUUCCAGCAACGAGAACCCGUGGGAGCACCUCGAGAGGGAGCGGAAUCUGAGGCCAGCCGCAGGGUCCAGCUGGCUGGCGCUGCCGUGGGCAUCAGGGAACCAGUCUGGCGGAGACGGCGGUAGGGGAAACAACGCGGUUACGAGCUGA